AGUAAAUAAACAAAUUCGAAUGGAGAAGCCGUUAAAACCGUUAGUGGAAACGGAGGGCCGGGAACCAGAAAGGCUGAAUGGUAUUUAAACAGUCUAAACUAUGAAAAACGGGUCUAAACAGAAAUCAUCUAAACAAAACCAGCAGACUGUUGAAACAACUACUUGUAAGAAAUUGUUCUUUAAAUCUUCCAAACUGAAGAAACACAACAGUCAAGAGGAUUUUGUGAAACUAUUUCCACUAGAAGUCAGCUUAAAGAUUUUUAGCAAACUUGACAUUCGCAGCUUGUGCAAUGCCGCAAUAACUUGCAAAAGCUGGAACCAAACCAUUGAGCAUUGUGAUGAUUUAUGGAAACACCACUGUUUAAAUAUAAGAGCUGUCUGUCAGCGAGAGGUUGAUAGUGACAGAGGAAAAGGGUACUCAUGGAAGGUCACGCUGCAUAGAAACUACUGGAAAAGCAAAGUAAAGUAUGAAUGGCUGAGUGGAAAAUAUAGCAAUAUUCAGUCACGGAGUAAUUUACCAGAAAAAUGUAUGUAUCCUAUGGAUGUGGAUACCUGGGGAGAAAUCUUGGAAGCUGAACUGGAAAGAGUUUUAUACAGAGGAAAUUAGAGAGGAGUUUGUGUGUGCUUAUACAUGUUUGUGUACAUAUGUGUGUCUGUGUGCAUAUGUAUAUGUGUUACAUUUGUAGUUUGGUUUGUAGCUACUUUAAUUUUACACUUUCCGAACUGUAAAUAUUUUAAUUCUUUGUAACAAAAUUUGAAAUGCUAUAUGUACAAAUAGUUCUUUGAUGCUCAUUAACAGCACUUUAUAAAUAAUGUCAAAUAUUUAUUAAGUUGGUGACCUAGUCUACUAGUGGCCCUUCCAAAUGAUUAGAACUACUAUUCCUUUCAAUGCAAGCUUGCAAGUCCAUUAAUGGAAAUGAUGGAAAUUGUAAUGUAAAAUUUAUGGAGGAUACAGAUUAUUUAUUCUUAAAGUGCAUUGAUUUAGAAGAUCUUU